GAGUGGGGAUAGGGGUCGGCAGGAACCUCGGCAGCUUCCGCCUCAGGAAAUUUGGUGAGCGCUUGAAAAAGUCCAACCCGGAAAAAGACUGUUCACUUCAGUUCCCCCCGACUUCUUGUCCUCCUCUGUUCCUCUCGGAGUCAGGUGGUCCGGAAAAUCAGCUCGUAGAAAAGGGCUGCUUUGAGAAUGGAAUGUGAUUCUAACUAUGAAGAACUCAGCCCAAGGCCUGAAACAUUUAAGCAACUAUUUUUCAUCCAUAUGUUCAUCUUUUUGCAUGAGAAAACCGAAGCUCACAGAGAGAGUGACAUCUCAAAGGUCACAGCCGGCUUUGUUCAGACAAAUUCCAGUCUAGAGAAGAUGGAUUGCUACAAAGAUGUGAAAGGCACCAUCUAUGAUUAUGACGCUUUCCCUCUUAAUGGAAAGGAACAUAUUCAGUUCAAGCAGUAUGCGGGCAAGCAUGUCCUUUUUGUCAAUGUGGCCACCUAUUGUGGUCUGACAGCUCAAUAUCCUGAACUGAAUGCACUACAGGAGGAGCUGAAGCCCUUUGGCCUAGUUGUGUUGGGAUUUCCCUGUAACCAGUUUGGAAAGCAAGAACCAGGAGAAAACUCAGAAAUUCUUCCAGGACUGAAGUAUGUCCGUCCAGGAGGAGGAUACGUACCUAAUUUCCAGCUGUUUGAGAAAGGGGAUGUGAAUGGUGAAACAGAGCAGAAAGUCUUCACCUUCUUAAAGCAAUCCUGUCCUCACCCUUCUGAGAUUAUGGGCUCAAUCAAACAUAUAUCCUGGGAACCCAUCAUGGUCCAUGACAUCCGCUGGAAUUUUGAAAAGUUCUUAGUGGGACCUGAUGGCGUCCCUGUCAUGCGCUGGUUUCAUCGGACUCCCGUCAGUACAGUCAAGUCAGAUAUUCUGGCAUACAUGAAACAGUUCAAAACCAAAUAAGAAGAUCAAGUUGGGGGCAGGAGCCAUCCUGCUUCUUUACCUGAAGACCUGUUUUUUAAAAAAAAUCUUUUCUCUACAUUCUCUUCCUAAAUGCCCUCCACUUGACUAAAUCACCUCUAUAGUGCCAAAAUUCCCACUCUCUAUCAAGUAGAUUUAUGUUCAGAAGGCUACUACUAUUUCUCCCUGCAGGAGUAUGUGGGUAAGAGAAAAGAAUGGAAAACCUAAACCCUCAGCUAUCUGUUACAAGUUUAAUAAAGCACAUAUAUAUAUCUCUAGAGGAGGGCAUGGCAACCCACUCCAGUAUUCUUACCUGGAGAAUCCCCAUGGAUAGAGGAGCCUGGCAGGCUGAAGUCUAUGGAGUCACAAAGAGUCAGAUAUGACUGAGCGACUAAGCACAGUGUAUAUGUGUAGAUAUCUAUACAUAUUUAUAUAUAUCAAAGGAAAAUCAUUCAUCCAUGAGGAUAGGUCAAUUUGCCAUGAUAUCCUGAAAAAGAAUGUUCCUACACAUUCUGAGUCUUCCUUCCCUCUCUACCCUAAAUGUGUAGAAUUGACAAUGUGGUGAAUAGCCAUACAAUUUAAGUUCUACUUCAUAACAUUUGUCUUCCCCUAGAAGAAACGUGUGAAGUCAAUUUCCAAAUAUUUUCAGAUCAGUCUUUUU